UUACCACGAGUCACCAGAAAUGGCAGCACCGAAGAAACGCAAGAUAGCAAGUGAGUGUAGAAGAUUUCAAACACGGUGGGAAAAUGAAUAUUUCUUUAAAGAAAUCAACGGAAAGUGUGUCUGUUUGAUUUGCAAUGAAGAUGUUGCCGUGAUGAAAGAGUAUAAUGUCCGUCGGCACUAUGAGACCAAGCAUCAGAGCUACGCAUCGUACACAGGUGCCGAACGAGCACAGAAAUUCAAGCAAAUGGCAGCUAGCCUGCAAGCUCAACAACAGUUUUUUUUUCGUGCUAACAAAAUACAGGAAAACGCCACAGCAGCAAGCUAUGAAGUCGCACAACUUAUUGCCCAGCAUGGCAAACCGUUCUCAGACGGUGAUUUCAUAAAGCAGUGCCUCAUCAAAGUCACAGAAGUAAUGUGCCCGGAAAAAGUGCAGGAUUUCAACAACGUGAGCUUAUCCAGAAAUACAGUGGUGCGGAGAAUCGAGGACUUGUCAGCUAACCUGAAACUUCAGCUGAGAGAGAAAGCUUGUGCUUGAUUUUACUCGAUAGCAUGCGAUGAGAGCACAGACGCCACAGACACCGCACAGCUUUUAAUUUUUUUGCGGGGAGUCGAUGAUAAUUUUUGCUGUACGGAGGAGCUGCUUGAUAUGAUGAGCCUAAAAGGCACAACGACAGGUGCAAAUAUUUUUGACGCUGUGUCAGAGGCAGUUGAAAAGAUGGGGCUUAAAUGGGACAAGCUCUGUGGAGUAACAACGGAUGGAGCUCCGGCCAUGACGGGUGAGCGCAAAGGAAUGGCAUCCAUGGUGUGCGUCAAGGUAAAAGAGAGCGGAGGUGAGGCUGUUAGGAUGCACUGUAUAAUCCACCAAGAAGCACUGUGUGCCAAGACUGUCCAGCUGGGCGAUGUGAUGAACACUGUUGUAAAAACUGUCAACAUAAUUCGAGCUAGAGGACUGUACCACAGGGAAUUUCAAGCUUUCUUAUCUGACGUGGAUGCUGAAUACGGGGAUGUACUCUACCACUCUGAUGUGCGCUGGCUCAGCCGCGGCUCUUUGCUGCAGCGGUUUUAUUCGCUGAGAUCAGAAAUCGACAAGUUUUUGAAAGAGAAGGGCCGACCUCUUCAUAAACUGAGUGACCCUCUGUGGCUGGCAGACCUGGCAUUUUUAGUUGAUCUCACUCAUCAUCUGAAUACACUGAACAAGAACCUACAAGGCAAAGAACAGCUGGUGUCACACCUGUAUGCGCACAUGAAAGCCUUCUGUGUAAAGCUCCGCCUGUUUGAGACACAACUACGAAGCUUUAAUGCUGCACACUUCCCUGCGCUGUCUGAAAUCAAGUCUGCUUUUCCAAAGGCAGACCUUUCUGCUAAAAAGGAGAAAUAUGCUUCUGUAAUUACAUCUCUCGUGACAGAAUUCAACCAGCGUUUUCAAGAUUUUUCUGUCAUUGAAAAACAAAUCAAGCUGUUCUCGACCCCCUUCCUGGUGGAUGCAGAAGAAGUGGAGGAGAGUCUGCAGUUAGAACUGAUUGAAAUGCAAUGUGAUGAUUCUCUGAAGAGUCAACAUCAGCUUCUCUCCCUCCCUGACUUCUAUCAGAGUUUGGAUCAUGCCAAGUUUCCUCUGAUAAGAUGCCACGCAAAAAGAAUGAUGAGCCUGAUUGUGUCCUACCAUGGUGAGACUCAAGCAGGCUCUGGUCCUCUGGUCCUGGUACAGGGAGUAUGCGCCCUCCUUAAGAAAGCUGCCAUCGUGGUUUCUCCCUUAGUCAAAGAUUCAGACUACUACAGCCAGUACUUCUUUGUUCCAAAGAAGGAUUGCGGAAUGCAGCCGAUCCUACAUCUAUGCUCUUUGAACCGCUUGCUCAAGAGGCUCCUUCUCAGAGAGGUCGUGUCUCAGAUCGAAUCCAUGGACUGGUUUGUUAUGAUAGAUCUAAGGGACACCUAUUUCCACAUAGCCGUCCUUCCUUCUCACAAGAGGUUCCUGAGGUUUUCUUCCGGGGGCGAAGCUUACCAAUAUUGGGUCCUCCUGUUUGGCCUAGCCCUCUCACCCCGCACCUUUACCAGGUGCAUGAAUGUGGCUUUAGCCCUGCUAUGGCUUCAGGGCAUCCGCAUUCUAAAAUAUAUCAACACGUGA